AUGUCGACCACGGCACCGAAAACGCCUGAACAAACACCCCGGAAAGUCGCCCUGAACCGAUCGUUCACGCUGCCCUCCAAGAUUGCGACCACGAGUCGCGCGACGCCAACUGCUGAGAUAGGUGCUGCGGAGGGUAUUGAGACGCUGUAUACACACGCGAACGCCAAAGUCAUCAAAUUCACGACGAGCGGGACUUCGCGACCGGGGAGUAGCGCUGGGACGCCGAGCUCAGGUGGUGGGCAAGGACGGCAGGGGACACUACCAUGGGCGACUUUGACAGAGCAGACGCUUGCGUCAGGACCUUUGGAGAUCUAUCGCGUGCCUGGAAGUGUGUCGUUCCUGCAUUCGGGGAGCCUGUUGCAUGCGAUCUUGCCUAGAAGCAACUGCUGGUUUGUUGACGGUGUCAGCAAGUUUGCGAUGCGGGUCUUACCGGAAACAUACUACCGCAUCGAGCUACCAGGACAAACGCCUGAGGAUCUGGAGAAAGUGGAGGAGUUCAAGGAGUGUUUGAAGAAAGUCCUGUUUUUUGAAAGGACAGCGUGCCCGUUCGCGAGGACGUUUGCGGUGGAUCUUCCCGUAGAGCCAGAGAUCAGGGUGAGGAAGAAGAUCAAGAGCCAUGGACGCGCGAAGAAGUGGAAGAUGGACAGGGUAUACAGUUGGAAGCCUGAGGAUGGCGAGGAGCCGCUCAGAAGAGGUAGCGAGUCGUCAGGCAGUGCGACAGGAUCAGACGGAGAGGGCUCGAGUUCAGCUGAAGAUACCGUACCAGAAGUGUUGGAAGUGGCAGAUGCGGUGAAGCAGCUCAGGUUCAACACUCCUACCAGGCCUAGCGUUCGCGAACGUGCAAUGGGCAUCAACAUGAGGUCUGUCACAGCACCUCCUCAUCUGUCACUGCAAGGCACACCACCACCACCACCGUCGCGACUACGAGAGAGCCUUGCGCCAGAGGCGCCCGAACGAUCAAGAUCUCGGUCUCCACAACAAGCACCAGGCGCCCUGAAUCCAACAACACUCCGACCGUUCCAAGCAAUACCCACAGACAUGCCGCCUUCGCCGCCGGACUCAAGCGCAGGCAUGGACUACGUCGAGCAGCCGCCAAGGACGGUACCAGAGACAGAUAUGCUCGAACAGCUUGACAAGGUGGAGCCGGAGAUCGAGAUUCCAGGACCCGAGGAUGUGAAUUGUGGCGAAGAACAUGCAGAUGAUGAGCCGAAGCAUGCUUUACCUGAACAUGCUCAAGAGGAGGACACUGUUCAUGAUGUGAUCGCACGGGGGGUGGUAAAUGAGUUACACGCACCAAUAUCGCACCCAGAACAGUCGACGAAGCAUGUUGAUCCGCAGGAGCACGCACGAGGUGAACUUGUCGUGGAAGACGACACAACCCUAGACGACUCCAAUCUGGCGUACGGGCGGGAAGAAAGUAUACUGGACGACUCAGUAAUCAUGCAUGAAGCAGAAUCAGGACCAACAGAACCGGAGCAUCCACGAACAGCAGACUGGUUUGACGAUGCACUUCCACAGCAAGAGCCUCUCCCAGCAGAACCCCCGGCCAAAGACGACCCAUACGCCCAGAUCCAAGCCCGCAUACAAGCUCGGCGUAGCAUCGGCGGCACCACAACCUCCUUCGCCCCAAACACCAAACCUCCCACACGCCGCUCCUCUUCCACCACCGUCUCCUCCAACUCCCUCUCCUCCAAACGCUCAGACCUCUCCCGACGAAGCCACUCCUCCCAACAACAACAACAACAACAACAACAACAACAACAAGCCGCCUUCGCCACAGCCCUCGUCCGCAAAGCCUGCGCCGUCUUCCUCGGCCCACCCGCCUCCCUCGUCGCCAUCAUGCUCCGCAUCGCAGCUCGGUUCGCGCGAGGAGCACUCCCUUUCUUCGAAAGUCCAAGAGGUAUGGCGAGGAGAGUACCAGGUAGUUUUGACCUUGAUGGUAGUGAUGUCGAGGAUCUGGAUGGGUUGGAUUAUGAUGAUGGUGAGUACUGGGGCGAGGAUGAUUUUGGGGUGCCGUUGAGGAGUCCGAUUCGGUUGAAGGCGAUGGAGGAGGAGUUGGUGAGGACGGUGAGUAGGGAGUCGGGGUCUGGGGUUAAUGUGAGGGAGAGGAGGGGGUGGGAUGAUGGGGUGGGGAGGUGA